UGAUUUACUUCAAAUGGCUGAGAAAACAGCCGGAGCCCUGCAGGAUCUCCCCGGCUCUUCUCCUGAUGAAAAUGAAUUUCCUUUCGGAUAUCCCACUAACAUUUGUGAAGAUGCGCCUGAUCAGAAGUACCUGUGCAGCAACUGCAAUAACGUUCUGAAGAAAGCCCUGCAAACGCUCUGUGGGCAUAGGUACUGCUCAGCCUGCCUCUCCUGGAUUGUACGGAACAAUAAAAAUGCUAUUUGCCAGAAAUGUAAAGACGAAGAUCCCAGCACUUUAAGUGAGGGAAGCCUAUUGGCAGAAGAAAAGGCUUUCGGUGAUGCUGCUAUUAAUAAAGAGAUUUCUGAACUCAAAGUACACUGUGUGACCCUUGGAUGCAGUUGGUCUGGUAUCAUGAAAAAUUUUGAAGAGCACCAGAGUUUAUGUGAAUAUGCUUUAAUCCCUUGUCACACCGGUUGCGGACACGUGGUGAUGAGAAAGAAACUUGCAGAUCAUUUGGAAAAUGGAUGUGUUAAUAACGUGAUGAUGUGUCAGAAGUGUAAGCAGAGCUUAUCCAGUAGUGAAUACCAAGGAAGCAAAGAGAAGAUAAAGGAGCAUGAAAAAACUGCGGUUGGGACCCACAUGCUGCUUCUGCUGCAGCACAUAAAGCAACUGAAGGCAAACUUGUGCACUGCUGCCAAAGCUGCAAAUGGUUCCAUCCCCCAGUCAGAGCUGAAUGUGAAUAGUGCAGGAAAAAGCAUCUCUCAUCUGCAGAUCCCAGGGGGGCUGGGAAUCAAUGGGGAUCUGGAAGUAGACUGUAUUUCUGGAUGUUCUGUUUCUGAAGAUGAAUCUGUUCUGCAACAACUUGUGAGGGAGAAGGUGAUUUCUGAGCUAGAAAAUAAGCUACAUGUGUUUGAGAAUAUUGUGGCAGUGCUCAAUAAAGAGGUGGAGACCUCUAACUUGGAAAUCACAGCCUUUCGGAGACAGAGUGAACUUGAUCAAAAUAUAAUACGAGGCCUUGAACUGAAGAUUGCAGAGUUGCACCGGUGCCUGACGCAGAAGGAUGCAGGCCUGAGCAGUCUUCAUAAGAGCCUUCUCUUCUCUGAGCAAGCUUCCUAUGAUGGGGUCUUUCUGUGGAAAAUAACAGACGUUGGCAGGAAGUUACAAGACUCUGUGACUGGAAGAGCAGUCAGUUUGUAUUCACCAGCUUUCUACACUGCGAAGUAUGGCUACAAGGUCUGCCUGAGGGUUUAUCUGAACGGGGAUGGGACAGGAAAAGGAACCCACGUGUCCCUGUUCUUUGUCGUCAUGAGAGGAGACUACGAUGCUCUGCUCCCGUGGCCUUUCAGACACAAGGUUACGUUUAUGUUGCUUGACCAAAAUAAUAGGGAACAUAUUAUUGAUGCAUUUCGGCCAGACUUGACUUCUGCUUCCUUUCAGAGACCAGUGAAUGAUAUGAAUGUUGCAAGUGGCUGUCCCAUGUUCCUCCCUUUGUCCAAACUACAGUCACCUAAAUAUGCCUACGUGAAAGAAGACACGCUUUUCCUUAAAUGCAUUAUAGAAACAAAUUACCAGGAUUUCACCGACGGCGGGAGCCCGGUGUCGCUCCAGGCGGGAGGUCAAAUCUCCCAGAAGCAGCACAAGCUGCAGGGAAGCAGAAGCAUCCAAACUGGCCGAAUGAAUACCCCGGAGAGAGGAUGCGAUGCACCGGGGCUCCGUGCGUCCCGGUGUGACCGAUACCCGUCCGUGCCUGACCUGCCCGGCGCGUCCCUUCUGCAGGGGGAGCAGGGGGAGCCCAUGUGGCCCUCGCCGCAGCGUCCUCCUCAGGGGACGGGGGUGAAGAAGGGACCCGCUGGGGAAAUCCCUGAAGUAAACCGUGAGGAAAAGCUGCGAGGCCGCGGAGUUUGCGGGACCCUGGUGCUCAUCGUGCCGCAGCGCAGGGCUGGGGCGGAGGUGCCUCUGACCGCUUCCGUAUGGAAUCACUGGAGGAGCAUCGCGCCGAGCCAGCUUUUGGGAUGA